GUUCCAGUCUGUCUCUCUGUACUGAGUGUCCCAUUUCGGGUGCUGUUUGGUGGGGUCUAGACCAGAGGUUGCAGGUUUAAGUGUGAGGGUUGCAGGCUACAGUUAGGGGACCAGGCGCUUCAUUAGAGGGUUGGGGGCUACUUACUUUGCUGCUGCAGCCCCACGCAGUGCAGGGCCCCUAGAGAAGGUGGUCCCGGGGCUGGAGGGCGAUAACAUGGAGGAUCAAACUGAUCAAAGCCCCGGGGCCCCAAGUGAGCCAGAUCCAGGGGCCUCACCUCCCCCUCUGCACCCUGUGCUCCCCACUCACCGGACCACUAACUUCUUCAUAGACAACAUUCUCCGGCCGGACUUUGGCUGCAGGAAAGAGACCCCCGGGAGGGGCAACUCCAGCCCCCUGCACACCCGCCCGGGCAACCCUGCUCCGAGCCCAGACUCUGACACCCCAUCAGACAGUUCCAAGGGCAGCGACUCCAACCCGGCUCUGCUCCUGGUGGGCAACGCGGCGCCCCCUGUGCACAAGAAAGACUCUGUGGUGUGGCCCGCCUGGGUCUAUUGCACUCGCUACUCCGACCGACCCUCCUCUGGCCCUAGGACCCGCAAGCUAAAAAAGAAGAAGAGUGAGAAGGAAGACAAGAGGCCCCGAACAGCCUUCACUGCUGAGCAGCUCCAGAGACUGAAGGCUGAGUUCCAAGCCAACCGCUACAUCACAGAGCAGAGGAGACAGAGCUUGGCCCAAGAGCUGAGCCUCAAUGAAUCCCAAAUAAAGAUCUGGUUCCAGAACAAAAGGGCCAAGAUCAAAAAGGCUUCGGGGAUGAAGAAUGGCCUGGCUCUCCAUCUCAUGGCUCAGGGACUGUACAACCACUCCACUACUACUGUGCAGGAGAAGGAGCAGGAGAGUGAGUGAAGGGGCAGCACCCCCAGUGACUAUGCCAAUGUUCUACUACUACUGUGCAGGACAAUGAGCAACAGGGGUAACUCUGCCAAGUGACUCUGAAGCUGUCGUUCCGCUACUGGGCAGGAGAGUGAGUAAAUGGGACAGCCUAGUCUGGUGCCAGUACUAUUUGUUAUUGUGCAGCACAGACUUUGGGAAAAUUCACCCAGCAACAGGGAAAUCUACUGCUCUUGUUGUCCCAUUGUGGUGCCCAAUGAAACCCCCCCAUUAUAUGGAUACAACAAACUCCCUCAGAGUAUGGACCCAACAGAUGUACCUUUUGCUGUAUGGACCCCAGUGUUCCCCCUUAUGAAUUCCAGGGUUUUUGACUGUUCCCCAUUUGACUGUAGAACCAGUUUCUGGGCACCCCACAAAUGGAGGUGCUGAACUGUCCUUUCAAGCCAAAGAUUUUCUGCUGUUGGAGUUGUGUAACCUUAAUAAAGAGUGCGUUGUGCCCGGACCCGACUGCCCGUAACUUAUUUGCUAAUAAAUCCUGAGGCAAUCACA